AUGACUGAAGCAUUGGCUUCAAAUAUAAAUACACAUUAUUAUAAACUAGCACAUAUAAAUGUAAUAAAUUAUACAAUAUUAUCAUCAAAAUUGAAUAAUGAUCAACUGACGUUAGAAUUAGAAUUAAUAAUUAGAAAUAAAAAUCCAAAAAUUUUAAUCACUUAUUACAACAAAAAUUUAUUCUAUUUCACAUUUGGUCAUACUGAUUCAGAAAUUGCAAUUGAAUUAGUAAGUACUUAUCCAAAUUUAGAGAUAAAAUAUUCUGGCUCAAUACUGGCUGAAAAAUUUGCAAAUCCGCCCAAGGCCAACAUUAACAAUUCCAACGAAAAUGAAGAUUAUUUAGCAUUUGCAAGUUUAAGUUUAUUAAAAGCUAUAAAGAAAAUGAUACUAUAUAAUUUAUCAUUAAAUGGAUUUGUCAAAAUAUUUGGAAAUUAUUGUGUUGUGCCUCAAGAGAAUAGUUAUUCAAUCUUAUGCAUUGAUCCAAUAUUAUUUCCUAAUGGUGAUUUAUUAAUUUCAAUAAUUGAGAAACACUCAAUAAGGUUAUUUGAUCCAGAAGUAAUAUAUCCUAAAGAAAUAACUGAAAUAGAGACAAAUUUCGUAAUUUAUAUUAUACCAUCAGGGAUAAGGUGUCAUUUAUUCGACGUUACUAAUUUUAAAAAUAAUAUAGUUGAAUCUCCACCAGUUAAAGAUUUUGAAAAGUUGAAUAACCUAAUUAAACUAUGUACGGGAGUAGAUGAUUGCAAACUAAAUAAUAAAUUAUGGGUGAAAUUGAUACCUAAUCUAAAACAUUUAAAUAAUCAAACUUCGUCAAUUUCAAAAUUUUUACACUCGGUAGAUAAUAAGAAAUUUAUAUUGUGGCCUUGGAAUUUAUGUUUAUUACAAUUUGGAAAAUAUGAAAAACUACAAGAACUUGAAGAAGAAGAUGAAAGUGUUUCAAAUCCAAUUGAUUUAAUUUCCGAAUUUAUUGAUUUUAAUAUUGAUAAUAAUUUACAAUUACAAAGAAAGCAAGAAUUGGAAUUACAAGAACAACAACAAAAGAUAGAGUCGAGUAAUAGUGGUCCUUUUAGUGUACCGAGUGCCCAAUCCACAGCAGCUGGUUCAGUAGGAAAUAUAAAUGAUGCUCCAAGAGAUAUUACUUCUAUUGAUAUAAAUAUCAAUACUCCAAUGGGUGCAGAUAUAUUUAAUUUGCAACAUCCUGAUGCAUUCUUCACAAAUCCACCAAUUGAAGAAAGGAAACAAGAGACAAAACAGAAAGAUAAAGAUGAAGAUGAUGAAAUGGAUGAAUUGUUUGGUAGUGGUGAUAGUGAAGAAGAAGAAGAAAAAAAGGAUGAAGAACAAGAGAAUGAAAAAUCUGAAGAUUUUAAUGAUUUAUUUGGUGGUGAAUCUGAAGAUUUAGAAGACGAAGAAACUAAGGAAAAUCAACAAGAAUUACCUAUUGAAGAACCACAUAUUGAAACUGGUAAACAACCACUGAUUAAACCAUCAUAUAUUGAUAUUCUUAAAAAUCAAAUGACUAUAAAGAAAUAUGAAUCUCCAGAAUAUAAAGAUCCUGGUGCUCCAUUACCCAUAAUACCGACACCUUAUACUCAAACAAUACAACCACCACCUUCAUCAUAUGGGACUAAAUCACCAUCAGUAACUAAUUCAGAACCAAUGAAUGAUCAUAGUAAUAAUAAUGAACAAAUAAGUCAUUAUCCACCAUCAAAUAUUCCACCUCAAAAAUCUGCAUUUUCACCAAUUUUAUUCAAUCCAAUUAUUAAAAGUGAUAUAGAUACAAAAUAUGGAUUAGGUGGUAAAUUUUAUGUUGAUAAAGAUUCAAAAGAUAAAAAUAUAGAAGAAAAGAGGAAAGUAAGAGCUACAAGUGUUAGUGGACAAGAAAUUUCAUUUUCAAAAGAUGAUAAACGAAAAUUGAAGAUGCAUAUGGAUGCAAUUCAAUCAUCAAGUUCAGAAAAUGACGAUGAGGAUGAUGAAAUGAGUGAGAAUAUCUAUGAUGAUGAUGACAAUGAAAAAGAAAGUGAUGAAGAUGAAGAUGUAGAAAUGAAGAAUUCAACUCCAUUGAAAUUAAACACUUAUGAAACUCAACAACCUGUGAAUUCAGGAACUGUAUCUGCCGAAAAUACAAGUUUUGUUAAUAAUCAAAAUUUUAACCAAAUACAACAUCACCCUCAAAAUUCAAUACAAUCAACAACUAUACAUACAAGUGGAUUUGCUUCUCCUAUUGGUCAACAAAUUGGGAAAUUUAAACCUGAUUCACCAUCAUUUAAUGAAUUACAACCAUCUAUGUCACCUGCAUUUUUAGAUAAUAUGCCAUUACAAUCUCAACAGUCACCAAAUUUACAACCAGCAAGUACAAUAAAUGAUAAUAAAGUAGUUGCAUCUCCAAAUAAACCAAAUGAGUCACAAAAUUAUUUACCUUUGAUACUUCGAAGUGUCAAUGUUUCAUCAAUACCAGAUACAUUUAUAAUGAAUAAUUUAACGAUCAAUGAAUUGAUACGGCCUCCUACAUUUGCCAUAAAUGAUGAUUUCAUGGAAACAGAUUUAGAUAUAACAAAAAGUAAUGAGAUGAUUAUAAAAUCAGAACACCUCAAAGAAUUUUUAAAUUAUUUAUCAUCAAAUGUUGUUUUCGAUUUAGGUUUAAAUUCAAAUGUAUCUAAUUUGGAAUAUUAUUAUGUUAAUAAUCAAGACUCAGUUAUAAAUUAUGAAACUCCUAGUAAGUCAUUCAUGUCAAAUUUUCAAAAAAUAUUUCCAUUCUCUUAUAAUGUUAAAUUAGUUGAAUUUUUACAAGAUUAUAAACAAUUUGAGAAUGAUGAAUUGGAUAAUCAAUUAAGCUUUCUAGAUGAUAUAACUACACCUGAUGAAUCGGAUCCAAAACAACAAUACAAGAAUAUAAAGAGUCUCGAAUGGAAUUCAUUAGAGAAAUCAAGUAAUGAAAGUUAUGCAGAAUAUGUUAAAUCAAUACUGAGUUUAAACACAAGUGCAAAAAUAGAUAAUGAUGAGUUUUUCAAAUUACCUAAUAUUAAAUCAAGAGUAAUGAAAAAUGAAAACAUUGUUAAUCUAAAUACAAUUGGUCUUGAAUUUUGGAAAUAUUUGAAUAUUCUGCCUAUUAAACGACAAAAAAAGUUUCAAGUAUUAUUAAUUGGUGAAACUGCUGAUAAUAAUUAUGCAAAUAUACUCCUUGAUCAAAUUAUCAACAAUUAUAAAGAAUGCAAUUUUGGAAUCAUAACCAAGUUAAAUUUAUCUACUGUUGAAACUAGACCUGAUUUAGAACCUAUUUCAAAUGGAUUAUUAUUAUUACAUAAGGAUAAAAAUCAAUCAUAUAAUGAUUUUUAUGUACAAUUAAAUAAGAAGUUAUCAUCAGUUGUUGAGUUAAUUAGGUUGGAUCUAAUUAAUAAAACUACCAAUUUUGAAUUUGAUCGUCCUUUAUUAUUAUUAUUUAUUAAUUUCAAUAAGAGUUUAAAUUCAAAUUUACAAAUUUGUAAAAUAUUUAGAAACUUUAAAGUAUCAUUAAUGAAACAUCAAUUAUUAUUAGUUUCAUUUUCCACUAAAAUAUUACCGUCUGAAUUUGUAUUAAAACAAGUACAUGAUGAAACAAAUUUAAAAGUAUUUAGUAACUAUAAAUAUUCCAAAAUUUCAAUGAAUUUAUAUAAUCAAUGUCCAAUUAAUUCAAUGAAUAAUAAUAAAGAAACUAUCCCCAAUGAAAUUUUUACAAAUAUUGUUAAAGAACCACCAAGUAAAAUUCAAUUCAAAUUUAUGAAUUCAAGUCUAAAAGAUAAAUGUUUCGAUGAUGAUAUUUUCUUACAUUUAGCAUAUGAGAGAUCAACUGAUAAGAAUUGGUUUGCUGCUUCUUGGUCAGAUCCAUUGGGAUUAGUCACAUAUACUAAAUCAUGGUAUUGUAAUCAAAGUACAAAUAUGAAUUCAAAUGGAAAUGGUCAAUUUCGUCAACAAUCUAAUUCCGAUGACUGGGAUCUUAAUAGUAUUACAGAUGAUAUAUGGAAUAUUUCAAAUGAAUUAUUUAAAUCCCUAAUUGAUGAAAUGAAUAAUAAAGCACCAAUAAGUAAUAAUGGAGUUAAAAAAUUUUUAGUACUUACUAGAAUUAAUUCAAUUAUUCCAGAUGAUGAAUUAAUUCAUUGGAAAAGAUUAAGUAUUAAAUCAAAAGAUGUAUCAUUGAUUGUAUUAUCAGUGAAUCAAACUCCAAAAUUAUUAUUCACGAAUGAGGAUGAUUUAAUACUACAAAAAGAUGUAUUAUAUUCAAAUGAUUCAAGUCCAAAUUCAAUUCCAACUACUGCAAAUUUAAUUACUUCACCAAAUGGGAUUAAUUUCCAUUCUCCACAACUGUUUUUAAAUGCAAGUGCUAAUUUUUUGUCACCGCAAGAUUUAAUUACACCAGCACCAAAUGGAACCUCAUAUACUAAUAAUUCACUAAGUAUAUCGAUCAAUGAUGUUGAUUUGAUAAUUGAAGAUCCGGAAGAAGUAAUAUAUGGAAUAAUACCAAAUACAUCCUUACCUUCAUUUAAUUCACCAACUAGAGCUGGUAUGAAGAUUGGAUAUUUAUUAAAAGAAUGGGAUAUUAGAAAUGGGAAAAAGACAUACUUGGUAUUUGAGAUUAAUUUAUUAAGUUGUUCAAAUUAUUGGGAUCUAAAUGUGUUAAUGAAGUUAAUCCUUAAACAAUAUAAGAAAUUAAUCGUGUUGAAUGAUAUAUUAUGUAUGAAUAUAGUUGAUGGAAGAGUCAAAAUUAAUGAUCCCGACAACAAGGAUAAUAAGAAGGAACAAAUCUACAAGAUGAACAAGUUAAUACCAUGGCAUAUCAGUGCAGUUGGUAAACUAAUCAAUUAUUUAGUUCAUAUAUAUGUUGAAGAUAAUAGUAAUAAAUGAUCCCAGGUACACUACUUUGAUGAUUCCAUAAAUUUAUAUUUUUUUUUUUUUUUGUGCGUUGAAAUUUGACCAUAUAGAUUUAUCAAAUUUACCACUCGUAAUUAUGUCAGAUAAUGGUAUAAAACAAGAAGAUGCAGAGAAUAAUAAUCCUAUAAAACAAGAAGAACAAGAAAAUGAUUUAACAUUUGAUGAAGAAUUUAAAAGAGCAGCAGCAGAAGAAAAUAAUGAUCAAGAAACUAAUGAUCAAGAUGAUGAUCACGACCGAGAAGAACAAGACAUAAAGAAACGUCCGAGAGAAGAAGACAAUGAGGAGGAUGACGAUGAUGAUGAUGAUGAUGAUGACGAUGAUGAUGAUGAAGAUGAUGAAGAAGACGAUGAAGUAUCAACUAAACGUAGAAAAAGAAGAAAAGGUGCCAAUCAAUUUUUCGAUAUAGAAGCCGAAGUUGAUGAUGAUGAAGAAGAAGAGGAAGAUGAAGAAGAUGAAGAAGCUGCAGAAUUACGAGAAGAAUUUAUUACAGACGAUCAUAUACAUGAUGAUGAAGUACAACAUAAUGAUGAUCGAACUCAUCGAGAAUUUGAUAGAAGACGUGAAGAAGAAAUUGAAAAAGAUGCAGAACAGAUAGCAGCUGAAUUAGAAAGAAAACAUAGAAAGAAUUAUAAAACUUAUAAAGGACAAACUUCUAGUGGUGCAGUAUCACAAAAAUUAUUAAUGCCUUCAAUUAAUGAUCCAUCUAUAUAUGCAAUUAGGUGUAAUCCAGGUAAGGAAAAAGAAUUGGUUCGUAAAUUAUAUGAAAAAAAAGCUACAUUUUAUAGACAAGGUAAUCCAUUAGAUAUUUUAACUGUUUUCCAAAGAGAUGCAUUUAGAGGUUAUAUAUAUAUUGAAGCAAAACGACCAGAUGCAAUAGAUAAAGCAGUUCAAGGUAUGGUUGGUAUAUUCUCAAAUAAUAAAUUAUUAGUUCCAGUUAAAGAAUAUCCUGAUUUAUUGAAACAAGUUAAAUCUUCAGAUGUUGAAAUUUUACCUGGAAUAUACGUUCGUAUUGCAAGAGGUAAAUAUAAAGGAGAUUUAGCAGUUGUUGAAAAUUUAUCAGAAAAUGGUUUAGAAGUUUUAUGUAAAGUUGUUCCAAGACUAGAUUAUGGUAAAUCUGUUGAAUUUGAUUCAGAAGGUAAAAAAAUAAGAUCAAAAAUUAGACCUCCACCAAGAUUAUUUAGUGAACAAGAAGCUAAAAUACAUGAUAAAGAUAAUUUACAAAUUGGAAAUCAACCUAGAAAUUUCAUAUAUAGAAAUGAAGAAUAUCAAGAUGGAUUUUUAUAUAAAGAUUUUAAAUUACAAUACAUACAAACAAAAGAUGUAAAUCCAAGAUUAGAAGAAUUGGAUAGAUUUCAAACUGGUGAAGAAGAAGGAUUGGAUUUAGCAGCUAUUGCAGCAUCUUUAAAAUCAAAAAAUCUUGAUGGUAAUAAAUCAACAGCUUUUCAACCUGGUGAUAAAGUUGAAAUACGUCGUGGUGAACAAGCUAAAACUUUGGGUAUUGUUUUAGAAGCAGCAGUUAAUGAAAUCACGAUUAAAGUUACUGAUUCAGGAGAUCCUGGUUUUAAAAAUCAAAGAUUAACUGUUCCUGCUAAUGAUUUAAGAAAGGUUUUUAAUGAAGGUGAUCAUGUUAGAAUAGUUGAAGGUAAACAUGCAGAUGAAACUGGUUUAGUUAUAAAAAUUGAAGGUGAUAAUGUCAUGUUAGUUUCUGAUCAAACAAAAGAAGAUGUUAGAGUAUUUGCAAAUUAUUUAGUUAAAGCUACUGAUGCAUCAACAAAUGCAAAUAUAAGUAAUCAAUAUGAUAUAAAGGAUCUUGUUGAGUUGAGUGCUUCAAAUGUUGGUGUUAUAGUUAAAUCUGAAAAGAAUAUUUAUGAAGUAUUAACAACUGAUGGUAGAAUACUUUCAGUUAAACCUUCUGGAAUUGCGUCAAAAUUAAAAUUAAGAAAACAUGAACAAAUAUCGACUGAUAAAAAUGGUUUUGGUAUAUCGGUUGGUGAUUCAGUUAAAGAAACAUUAGGAGAAAAAGGAAGAGAAGGUCCAAUUAUACAUAUUUAUAAAAAUGCAUUAUUUAUAAAAUCAAAUGAAAUAGUGGAGAAUUUGGGUAUAUUUGUUACAAAUAGAAUGAACGUUAUAUCUACAAAAGAUGCAAAAAGAGGAACAGGUCCAGAUUUAACAACAAUGAAUCCAAAUUUAAAAUUACCAAAUCCAACAAUAACAGCAGGUUUUAAAACAAGAGCUGGUGGAAAAGAUAAAUUAUUAUAUAAAGAUGUUGCAGUUACAAGUGGAGCUUACAAGGGAUUAAAAGGUAAAGUUACUGAAGCUGAUGAUAUAUAUGCAAGAAUAGAAUUACAUACAAAAAGUAAGAAAAUUAAAGUACUCAAGAAUAACCUAAAUGUUUUACAAAAAGGUGAAGCAAUACCUUAUUUAAGAUUUAUAGGUGCACAACCUGCUCAAGAACAAAAUGAUGGAUUUUCACAACCUAAUGCUCCAGCAUUUAGUUCACAACGUGCAUUUGAUGGUGGUAGAUCUGCUUGGAAUGGAGCUCAAACUCCUUCAGUAUCUGCUGAUGGACAAUCUAAAUGGGGUAACAGAUCUACUUGGAAUGGAGGUAAAACACCUGCGUAUGGUGCUGGUGCUGCUUCAACCUGGGGCGGUGCUGGAAAUGCAACUGCUUAUGGUGGAGCUGCUUCUACAUGGGGAGGUGCUGGAAAUGCAACUGCUUAUGGUGGAGCUGCUUCUACCUGGGGAGGUGCUGGAAAUGCAACUGCUUAUGGUGGUGCUGGAUCUACUUGGGGUGGAAAUAAAGGUGGUGCUUCAGCCUGGGGUGGUAAUAAAGAAAGUGCAUCAACUUGGGGUGGUAAUAAAUCAACAAAAGAUAAUGCUUCAACAUGGAAAGCUAAUAAAGAAGGUAAUCAGUCAGCAUGGGGAGGUAAUUCUCAAUGGAAUUCAGGUGGUAAUUCUCAACAUAAAUGA